AUGACUAACGGAGCAAACCAGAGCCUGGACUUUUACUGCGGCUCCGACCCACCCAAAGCCGUGGAUAUUUUAAAGAAUUUAAAUAUGCCAACUAUCAUCUUAUACAGUGUUCUCACUCUAAUGACUGUUAUUGCAAAUCUUGUGCAUUUUGAGGAAGUUAUCUAUCUGAUAAGAAAAGUCCCUGCUACAAACAGGAGAGCAACUAUUAUGUGGGUCAGCGCGGCUGCACCUGUGAUAGCGUCUACAUCUUGUGUUGGGAUGUGGAUUCCUCUAGCAUCAAUGAUCACAGAUUUGACAACAGCAGUGUAUUUUGCAAUUGUUAUCCAUAAAUUCCAGCGAAUGAUGAUAGAAGAAUUUGGAGGCGAUGAGGCCUUCCUGAAACAUUUUCACGAUACUCCUGUCAAGAUUAGUACGGGGCCCUGUUGUUGCUGCUGUCUAUGUUUGCCUUUUACAAAGAUUUCAAGGCGCCUGAUGUUUAUGCUGAAAUUGGGAACAUUUCAGCUCGCUUUCUUACGGCCAGUCCUAAUGAUCUUAACAUUAGUCCUUUGGGUGAAUGGGACAUUCAGUCUGGAUGAUCUUUCUCCAAGUGGACCUGCAAUAUGGAUUAACACUUCCCUUGGUGUGUCCACAAUAGUUGCACUAUGGCCAAUUGGGAUUGUCUUUCAAAAAGUCAAAGUUGAACUUAAAAAUCAGAAGAUAAUCCCCAAAUUCACCCUUUAUCAGAUUUCAUUCAUUCUUACUCAACUGCAAGCUGCCAUUAUCAACAUUACAGCAUUGGCAGGUGGUAUCGCCUGUGCACCUCCAUUUUCACCCACAGCCAGAGCAGCAUACAUGAACCAGCAGCUUCUCAUAAUGGAGAUGUUUAUCAUCACUUUGUUAUCGCGAGUUUACUACAGGAGGAAAUACAACUUACAAGAAAUUGAUGAAAUGCAACCCACAGUCAAAACACAAGAUGACCAAAGCGUCUUGAAUAGUACCUCUCGAAUACCAUAA